AUGGAGACCUUCUUGACCGAUAUAUGCAAGGGAAGAACACUGCUUACAUUGAUCUUGUGUAUUUGGGUGCCCAUGGAAGUGAUGGCUCAGGCUAGAAAUGCCACCGUCUCCUCUAAGAGGCCGAGUUCUCUGAACUUUGGGGCUCUGUUUACUUUCAAUUCAGCCAUUGGAAGAUCGGCCAAACCAGCAAUCCUAGCCGCAAUUGAUGAAGUAAAUUCUGAUUCAAGUGUUCUCAAGGGGACUAAAUUGAAGAUUAUUUUCCAUGAUACAAAUUGCAGUGGAUUUCUUGGAACUGUGGAAGCUUUGCAGCUGAUUGAAAAUGAUGUAGUUGUUGCAAUCGGCCCGCAAUCCUCUGGAAUAUCUCACGUCAUAUCCCACGUUGUUAAUGAGCUCCGUGUACCACUUUUGUCAUUUGGAGCAACAGAUCCCUCCCUUUCUGCUCUACAAUACCCGUAUUUUGUUCGCACCACACAGAGUGACUAUUUUCAAAUGUAUGCAAUUGCUGAUAUGGUUGAGUACUUUGGAUGGAGAGAAGUAAUUGCUAUUUUUGUAGAUGAUGAUUAUGGCAGAAAUGGGAUUUCUGUUCUAGGUGAUGCCUUGGCGAAGAAGCGUUCCAAGAUUGCUUACAAGGCUGCCUUCUCUCCUGGGGCCCCCUUAAGCGAUAUCAAUGACUUGUUGGUGGGAGUAAACCUCUUGGAAUCUCGAGUUUAUAUUGUACAUGUAAAUCCUGACUCUGGUUUGUCAAUCUUCUCUGUUGCCAAGGAUCUUGGAAUGAUGACCAGUGGCUAUGUUUGGAUUGCAACAGAUUGGCUUCCUACUCAUUUAGAUUCUCUAGUACCACCUGACCCCGACAAAAUGAAUCUUUUACAAGGAGUUGUUGCUGUUCGUCAUCAUACCCCGGAUACUGAUCUCAAAAAAAGUUUUGCAUCUAAAUGGAACAAACUAAAACAUGAAGGGAGUCCAGGCUUCAAUUCUUAUGCUCUCUAUGCAUAUGACUCUGUUUGGUUAGCAGCCCGUGCCCUUGAUGUUUUUCUCAAUGACGGAGGGACUGUAUCUUUCUCUAAUGACCCAAAGUUGAAAGAUACAAAUACAAGUGCACUGCACUUAUCAUCACUCCGAAUAUUUGAUGAAGGCCAACAUUACUUGCAGACAAUUCUUAAGAUGAACUUCACAGGUGUAAGUGGUCAGCUUCAGUUUGAUCUGGAUAAGAAUUUAAUUCAUCCAGCUUAUGACAUUCUGAACAUUGGUGGAACUGGAUUUCGUAAAAUUGGUUAUUGGUCAAAUUCUACUAGUCUUUCAACAACUGAGCCAGAGAUAUUAUAUGAGAAGUCUUUAAAUACGUCUGGCAGCACUCCACAUCUUUAUAGUGUUAUAUGGCCUGGUGAAACUAUAACCACACCUCGGGGAUGGGUAUUUCCCAACAAUGGCAAGCCACUGCGUAUUGCUGUGCCUGACCGAGUAAGUUACAAAGAGUUUGUGUCUAAAGACAAGAGUCCUCCUGGGGUCAGAGGAUAUUGUAUUGAUGUAUUUGAAGCUGCUAUAAACUUAUUGCCUUAUGCUGUGCCACGCACAUAUGUGUUGUACGGAGGUGGCAAGAGGAAUCCCCAGUAUAAUGAUCUUGUAUCCCAAGUUGCUCUAAAUAACUUUGAUGCAGCUGUUGGGGAUGUUACAAUAACUACUAAUAGGACAAGAAUGGUUGAUUUUACACAGCCUUACAUGGAGUCGGGACUAGUUGUAGUUGUUCCAGUCAAACAGGUAAAAACAGACACUUGGGCAUUCCUGAAGCCAUUCACUUAUCAGAUGUGGUUAGUCACCGGUGCAUUCUUCCUUCUUGUGGGAGCCGUUGUUUGGAUUCUUGAGCACAGGAUUAAUCACGAGUUCCGUGGUCCACCGAGGCAACAGCUCAUGACUAUUUUUUGGUUUAGUUUCUCAACGAUGUUCUUCUCACAUAGGGAGAACACAGUGAGCACUCUAGGACGGCUGGUGCUGAUUAUAUGGUUGUUUGUGGUGUUGAUUAUCAAUUCGAGCUAUACAGCUAGUUUGACAUCGAUCCUCACUGUACAACAGCUGGCAUCACGAAUUGAAGGGAUAGACAGCUUGAUAUCGAGUAAUGAUCCAAUUGGAAUCCAAGAUGGGACAUUUGCACGGAAAUUUUUGGUUGAUGAGCUGAACAUAGCAGAGGCUAGACUUGUUACCUUAAAAACCAUGGAAGACUACGGCAAAGCCCUUCAGAAUGGGCCAAAACGUGGCGGAGUAGUUGCCAUUGUCGAUGAGCUUCCUUAUAUUGAGCUGUUUAUGACCUCCACCAAGUGUGCAUUCAGGAUUGUUGGGCAGGAGUUUACAAAAAGCGGAUGGGGAUUUGCAUUCCAAAGGGACUCUCCUCUUGCUGUUGAUUUGUCAACUGCCAUUCUUCAACUCUCGGAGAACGGUGACCUCCAAAAGAUCCGUAAUAAAUGGCUUGGGAGUAGCGAGUGCUCUAUGCAACCCAAUGAACAUGAUGCAAACCGACUAUCACUGACAAGCUUUUGGGGCUUGUUUCUUAUAUGUGGAAUUGCAUGCGCCAUUGCUCUUGCUGUGUUUUUCUGUAGAAUCUUAUGUCAAUACCGCAGAUUUAGUCCAGAGGCCAUCGAGAGGGAUGUUGAGGAAAUUGAACCUGCUCCCAGAUCUAGUCGACGCUCACUCCGGGUAACUAGUUUCAAGGACUUGAUGGAUUUUGUAGAUAAGAAAGAAGAAGAGAUCAAGCAUAUGCUCAGGAGAAAGAGUAGUGAUAACAAACAAGAAGCUAGCCCAAGCACUGAUGGCAAGUCCCAUUCACCCUCUUAAAGACAAUUUCAGCUGGUUGAUUUUCCAGCACGUCCUCCCUCCUCUGGUAACUACACUGUUAAUCAUGAUUUUAUCUGUUCUAAUAUAUAAUUUUCUCCCUCAGCCCAAAAUUAGGUAAUUAGAAUAACAUUACAUGGUUUAUAGAAAGAAAAGGAAAACAAUGAGCAAGGGAAUCUCGAUUAGUUGUAGAUAAAUUUUUGUUUUGCACAAUAAUGCUUCUAGUCUUUAUUCUAAUUGAAUCAGAGUUCCA